AUGGCGGUGACAUCUAGCGGCGGGUGGAUGAACUUACGAAGCAUCCUCUGCAGCUCAGUGGGUGAGGGGACCGGUGAUCCAGCCAGUGAGGAGAGCAUGGAUGUAUCUGAAGCUUCCAACAGCAGUGGAACCUUGGCCAACCAGUCACCUCUCUCUGACCACAUUCCCAACAACAUCUACUCCUUUGAGCACAGUGUCCGCGACCCCCUUCGCUUCCCAAUGCAGCAGAACGGACGGUUAGUAGGAGCAGCUGUGGAGGGCAAUGUUCCUCCACCAGCAGGGGGAGGAGCUGCAGCUGAAGCAGCCGGAGGCCAUAGACCUUCACCAUUCAAUCUUUCCCACUUGGAAUUUUCACUUCCAGACACAGAGAUAUAUGAGGCAGAACCAGUGGACUUCCCUAGUUCCCCAACUGCCCUUCGCUCCAUGGUCCACCCCAGUGACGACAGCCUUGGAAUGGGUGUCAGACUGGCAGAGAGGGAGGAGCCCCCUCAAGCCCCUGCCACUCCUACUGAAGAAGACCGGUCCAUGUAUACUGCAGUAGUGUCUCCGCCCACUGGUCAGGUCACCCUCCGUAAAGAACGUCCAUCCAGUCUAGAAGUAAAUCGUAAGAAGCGCCUCACAGUCACAGAGGAACUGCUCACAGUGGCAGUAGAUGAUGAUCAGCAUUCCAUCUCAUCACUCAGUCAGCACAGCGAUGAUGAUGAUGAUGAUGCUCAGAUGCUCUCACAUGAUGAGUUUACAGACAUGUUGACUCCAGAUGAUAUUGACACGCCUGAUGAGCUUGAGGAAUCCAUCAUGGAGCGUCUUGGUCCACAGCCAACCAUAGACCCACUUCCAGAGUACACAAUAACACAGGAAACCUCAGAGGAAAGGUCAUGGCGAUCUGUUGUAAUAUCGGGUAUUGAACGGCGCAUUGACAUGAAGGUCAUUGAACCCUACAAGAAGGUGCUAAGUCAUGGAGGCUAUCUUCCAAGCAGUAAUGAAGCCAUUAUUGUCUUUUCCGCAUGUUUCCUGCCUGACAGGUCACGCAAAGACUAUGACUAUGUAAUGGACAACCUUUUUAUGUAUGUCUUGACAACCUUAGACCAGCUGAUUGCAGAGGACUAUGUAUUGGUUUACCUUCACGGAGCCACAACACGAGGGAAUAUGCCGUCCUUUGCUUGGCUUAAGCGCUGCUAUCAGAUGAUUGACCGACGUCUGCGAAAGAACCUGCAGGGCCUUUACCUGGUCCAUCCGACAUUCUGGGUCAAGACGGUGGUUGUCAUGACAAGGCCUUUUGUCAGUGCCAAGUUCGCAAGGAAACUCAGGUUUGUGAAUAGCCUGAAAGAAUUAUCAAGUCUUAUCCCUAUGGACCAAGUAUGCAUCCCUGACCGAGUGAAACAAUAUGAUGAAAUACGUGAAAGUUUGUUAGAGAAGGCAUGAAGACAUGGAGAGCAUGGAGCUUGGAAGGUCGAGAAGGAUCUUGGCCUUAAUCUUAGACAUAAUGAAGACGUACUGAGUCUCUGUCAAGAUGGAACCAGUGCUGUUACCUGCAUUGAUUUCAUCCUAGAAGAAGCGAAUAUAUGGACAUAGUGUAUAGUACAAUAGAAUUCCCUCUUUGAAAAUGAUUUCUUUGUUGUUGGUUGUGGAUUGACAAUAGUGUUGGUCAGAAGUUCUGUGAUGAAAAAAAAAAAUAAAAAAAGGACUUGUAAUAUGUAUGCUUAGAACCCAGUAUAUGUAUAAUUUGACUAAGCAGUGAAAUAUUGAAAAAAAAAAAAAAGCAAGUGACCCAAAGUGUUGAAAGUCAACUGUUGCAUCGAUGUUACACGUCCGUAUAUUACUUGUUUCCUAUACUCAAACAUAAAAAAAGAAAGAAUAUGUGGACAGACUGGUUGUGAUUCCCAGCGAACCCAUGAGUUGUAAGUGGGCGAGGAUCAUCUCUGAACAUUCGAGCACAAAUUAUCACCCUUUCAGAUCUGCAGCAGUAAUGCUCUGAUGUACUUUAUGAAUGGCAGUGAUGCAAUGAUGCUCAUGUAAAGGAAUUAAGUUUUCUUCUUCCUCUUCUUCUCCUUACAGAAAAUACUAUUUCCUUUUCAUAUGCAGUGAGGAUGAGAUGUGUGAGAUCACUCUCCUCUGGUACAUACUGUUAUUAUUUCCUGCAUAGUAACUGUGAGUCACAUUUAACAUGUUGAAUGUGCAAUACACUAGUGUCCUGGCAUCUGCACAUUUAGUUAUGGCUUCAUGAUAAAAAGAGAAAAAGUUCCACAAACAGGGGAGCCUGACCUGUUAUGAGAACUGUGUGCCAUCAUGAUAAAAACAGUCUUGCAAAUCAAUAUUUUGCCCAAACCUCUGUUGUAAUAAUAAUUGCAUAUAUACUCACUUCUAUGGUAUUACUCUUCUACACAUAGUAAAAUUAAUAUAUUGCACCCAAGCACAUACUAGACACACACACAUGUAAAAACACAC